AUGUUCGCCGCACGAUCAAGGGCAGUCUGCGCCGCCCGCCAGCUGCAGCGGACGACCCGAACCUACGCCUCCGAGUCCCACGGUCACCACUCGCCCGCCCCGGUCAACGAGUCCUUUGGGGCCGGAUCCGUCAUUGCCCUGGGCGCUUUCCUGGGCACCGUCCUCGUCUACCAGUUCCGCCCCCAGGAGAGCGACAACUGGACGCCCUCCAGCCUGCUCAACAAGUACCGAUCAAAGGCCGAAGACUGGGAGGCCGUCAACUCUCUGCACACAAAGGCCAUGGAGCAGGCCGGCUUUGACAGAAAUCUGUUCGAGAACGGCUCCAACAAGCACCGAUUUGUCGACGUCGCAUACCCCGAAGCUCUCCAGUCCCACGCCGCGCGAAACAUCCAGGCCGGCCACCUCGCCAACAUUGACCAUGCUGUGGAACACUACCGACAGCAGCACCUGAAGAUGGAGGAGAAGAAGGCGGCCAAGCUGGCGGCCGCCAAGGCAGAGUAG